GAGAGAAAUAGAAGAAGCGGUGCGGCAGUUUUGCUGAUUGAUGAGCUGAGCUCUCCGACUCUACUAAUCAUCUUUCCAUUAAACUCUUUCUGACAGGGUUUUACCCCCACAGUUCCAUCUGAUCCGUUGUGGGGGAUUUGAGGUGGUUAACUGCGUUCUGCUGGAAACAUCAAGAUGUGAGUGGUGUCUUGUUUUGCAAGUCUUCUCCUGUUGUCUUCUUUCCUACCCAUCCUAAAUUUACCACUGCUGGAACAUAAAGAGGUCCAACGAGCGUGAAGUUAGACAUGAUUAAACGUGAGAAUCUGCGACCUCCAGACAACUCCAUUAGUCACCGAAGUUCAUCUAUCACUCGUGGACCAGUGCAGAAAGAAACUCACCAGUGCUCUCAGUGUGGGAAGAGUUUCACUCAAAAGUGUUAUCUCCGACAACACCAGCGAAGUCACACAGGAGAGAAGCCGUAUCGAUGCUCACUGUGUGGUAAUAGUUUUGCUUUCGUCUGUAAUCUCCAGCGGCACCAGCGCAUUCACACAGGAGAGAAGCCACACCAGUGUUCUCACUGUAAAAAGAGUUUUACUGAGAGUGGCAGUCUCCACAAACACCAGCGAACUCAUACAGGAGCAAAGCCCCAUCAGUGUUUGGAGUGUGGGAAGAGUUUUACACAAAGGAGUAAUUACCAACAACACCUGCGCAUUCACACAGGAGAUAAACCACAUCACUGUACAGAGUGCAGAAAGAGUUUUAGACAAAAGACUUCUCUCCAGGUACACCAGCGCAUUCACACUGGAGAAAAGCCCUAUUACUGUACUGAGUGUGGAAAACAUUUUACUCGGCAGAGUGAUCUCCUGAGACACCAGCGUGUUCACACUGGGGAGAAGCCGUAUCAGUGCUCACAGUGUGAGAAGAGUUUUAGUGACCAUGGUAAUCUCCGACAACACCAGCGCAUUCACACUGGGGAGAAGCCGUAUCGGUGUUUGGAGUGUGGGAUGAGCUUUAGUAAAAAUAGAAAUUUUCAGCGACACAAGCACAUGAACACAGCUGAGAAGGAGGACAUGCUACUAGUCCUCUGAGGAAGUGUUGGACUUUAUUUAUUCAAACGGCUUAUUUUGGGUCAAAUCAAGAUGAUUUAACCACUUUUAUACUGUAUAAACAACCCCGAUUCCAAAAAAGUUGGGACAAAGUACAAAUUGUAAAUAAAAAUGGAAUGCA